AUGAACAAAGACAAACGACAGCACAAACACGAAUCCUCCACAUUUCCAAAGAUAUCACAGGACUUAACACUAGUCUCUCACAUGAACCGCCCACCUGAGGAACCGCCACCUAAGGAACCGCCCCACCCUAUCACACCACCAAACCCACCACCGCCAAAACCCGACAUUCCUCUCGCUCACUCGCCCCCUCUCUCGCCCCCAGGUCUGGUCGGCGCCGCGGGUGUCCUCCUGUGCUUCUUCUUCGGGGCGGCCGUCUUCAAGAUCGGAAACUACGCCAACGACGGCUAUCGCCUCGGCGUGCAGGAGGGCGUGUGCUCCCGGGACCCUCCUCCUCUCCCAGGCGCUGCAGGAGGGCUGGUGAGAGCGGCGUGGCUGCACGGAGGUCCGACGGGGCCCUUCGUUCACAUCCUGGUGGCGCAUCUCCUCAUCAUGGCCAGGCUCAUCAUGGAGGCCGCGGGAACCAAGGCCAUGAUCCUGCCCAAGAGUACCGUCUGGUGGUCGGAACUGUCCCGCGUUCUGCCGCAGAAGGACCGUCUGGCUGUCUUCAACGUCAUCGCGGCUCUGGCAGGAUCCUCGGAUGAUAACUCUUCGACUCAAGGACCGGUAGCCGCGCCCUACGAGGCCUCGACCUCCGUGACCUUCCAGGCGGCAGAGCUCUCAGGAGACGACCUUCGCGACGACCUGACAGACAACGACUGGCACGUGGGAGAGAUCCCCUGGGGGCCUUUCUCUCCCCACUUCCUCAACUACCUCCUGGCGCACCUCAUCUACGCCGGCAGAUACGCUGGAGUUUUCUGGGGGACCAACAAAGGCCUCGGAUUUGUCUUCUUCAUACAGCUGAUCCUCAACGCUGUUCAGAGCAUCUUCGCCCUCAACGGGUUCCAGGUUCUCUACAAAGUCCACGUGGUCGGCCCGAAGGAAGUUCUCCCAGACUUCGACGGGUUCCUCCUGCCGCUGCCGGCCAUCUUCGCCGUCUUCACCGCCAGCCAGGCCCUCGUGCUCGCCUCGGGGUCUGUGCUCUACCUCUACGGCUUCGUCAAGUUCAACGCCUUCCUCAACGCCGAGAAGGAGAAGUACCACAUCCUCAGCAAGCACGGCCACCAGACCCCGUGGAGCUACUGGCCUCACUGUUGGGGCUUGACAGUCCUCGUGGUCAUGACAGCCUCGGCAGCCCCCCUCGUGCAUGACUGGACCAUCAUGUACAGGACCUCGCUGGAUGCCUCCGUGUUGGCUGCCACCAUUUCCACCAUCUUCCAUCUCUUCUUGUGGAUUCUGUUGUGGAUGGCCCUCACCGUCAAGUCCAAGUGGUACUUCAAGCUCCGAGUGCAGAUCUCCAAGACGAUCGUCACCAACACGCAUUCCAUUCGACUGGUCAACGAGGUGCAGCUCUCCAAACAGGUCGAAGACACCGAAGGGCCCGUGAUGGUGAUCGGCGCCGGGAAGACCUACCUGCUGCAGGAGGGGAGCCCCAAGCGGUCGCUCAUGAAGCUCGUCAUGCACACGGUCACGGAGAAGAAGGCGCGCGGAGAGGAAGAGGAGAUCUACUGGCUGCGCCCCAAGCCGCCCCCCGGAGGGUCUGAGAGCUGGAACAAGCGCAAGCACUCACCCGGGGCCAAGCACAAGGUCACCUUCGACGACACCCCUUCGACUUCAAGUUCAGACCUAGGACCUCCUCCUCAGAACCGCACCCGCACCGACGUCAGCCCACCUAGGACCUCCUCCUCUCAGAACCACGAACCCGCACGACGUCAGCCGAGGGAACCACGAACCUUAGGACCUCCUCCUCCUCAGGAAGAACUCGACCUGGUCAGCCCACCUAGGACAGAACCACGAACCCGACCGACGUCAGGGACCUCUCCUCCUCAGAACCACGAACCCGCACGUGGGACCUCGUUGACGUCAUGGCCGCUGCUCGUGGAGGAGCUCCCCCUCCGCCGCUCCGGAAUCCUCCACUCGGAGCCACAUCAUGCAAAUAAGGUUUUCCUAAUGGCGAUGCUGAUUGCAGAUUGCAAGAACAUGCGCAUGCGCUCAUAUCUCCCGCAUCUGAGUCUGAUAAAUGGGUUUAUAUUGCAUAUCCUAUCCUAUCAGAAACUCCAAAUUCCCAAGCCUAUGGUUAUCUUAUACAUUAAAAACAGAACAAAGAAGUAA